AUGUCACAGCUAAAACACAAUAUUUCAGUCUCUCUUUCUAUCUCCUCAUCUCUGCUUUUCCCUUCCCUUCAGAGAAGCCACUCAUCUUUAAGUAUGUAUCCACCACGUCGCGGCGGAUUACCUGCAAGAGGUUAUGUUGGUCGAGAGCCCCAUGCUCCCUUAAGGGCUGGUAAUUCAUGUGAACCUCCAGGAUUUCCGCUUCGUAGCAUCAACGAACUACUACAGGCACCUGCAAGACGUAACCAGCCCACUCUCCAUCCCGAGAAGAUUGAUGGCAGACUUUGGUAA